AUGCAGUACCCGGCAGCGGCUGCCACCCACGGUCAGAUGUCCUUAUCAUCGACCAGCGAGUACGCAACGCCUGGUCAGUUCCAGAUGCAAAACUACGCCUGCCCAAUGAACGCUCCUCACGCAAAUGGAUUCGUUCCUCGUUGUGACGUGAAUCUGGAUCGCGGCAAAGGCAUCGUCUAUCCAACUUGCUCCUUUCAGACUCCUGUCUCCGCCUCCAGGUCGUUGCCUUAUUCGCCGAAGCAGCAGCAGCAGCAGCAACAGCAGCAGCAACAACAACAACUGCAGCAUUUGUCGGGAAUGGAGGCAUCUGCUCAGUUUUCGCCGUCCAUCGAAGAACCUGAGUCUUGGUCGAAUCUUUCCGGUUCCAAUGGCCCAAAUCCUGGUUGUGUCCGUUUUCGCAGUGUCGUCGUUGACCCUUCGUCUGGCUUGUUCAACAGUCCUCCUUUGGUGGCGCUUCCUGGCACCUACUCCACGCCAUCGUCGAACUCCUUCCUCAACGGCAGACGAGCCGUCGACGAUGAAGAGGCUCCCAUUUCCGUUGAAAGGGACGCGGAUCGUCGUCGCAUUAGCAUACGCCACACACCGUCUUCCGUCGACGAUAGCGAUUAUGCUGAUCACCUGCCGGAUCGAUUCCAGCGAAGUACUAGCUACUCCGGAAGCUGCAGCGAUGAGUCAAAGAGGUGGUAUCGUAAAGAGAGCAGACAACUGGCGAUCGAUGAACAGAUCAAGGAGAAACAGCGUAAAGAACGAUUGGAACGUGAGAGAGAACGACGGGAACUGCAGCGACUCGAUGCCGAGCAUCGACUGGUCGAACGGCGCGUAACACUGGAGAGCGACAAAGAGAAAAAUAAGUGGCGCCAGAUGAUGGAAGAAAGCGACCGAAGAGAGAUGAAGGUAUACAAGGCGUGGCUGCAGGCUCAGGAGGAAGCGAAGCGACUGAGGCACGAAAAGCUGAUGAGGCAUGCGUCGUCGGUUUCCUCUGACCGCAGCUCGACGGUCCGUUCCCCGCUUGACGAGUGCUGUUUCUCGUCUACAUUUUCGGCAUCCGGUUCUUUCGACGAUCCUCACAGAGGCCAAGAGUUUCGACUUCAGCUGCAGGACAGCGUGUUCGUCUCUCGUGGAGUUUCACCCGAACCUGAAGCGACCAGUCUGAUAUUGCCGUUGCCUGAUUCGAUACCAGACGAAAGACCGAUUCGACCAUUAACAGAGGACCCAUUGGAGAUCUGGGAACAGUUGAGCAAGAGUUGCAGCGGCUCGAUCCCUCAGAAACCGCUACGGCGGAAGAAGCAUCUUAGGCACAAGUCUGAAAGCGCCGCUGUCAACGGUGAUCCGCAGACUCCGGGGUCGAAAACUCAAAAUCGACCCAUCGCCGCAAAUGCUGCCGAUGUUUCUGGUGCUAGAGAACUAACUCCAAAACCAGAACACGAACGACAUAAAAACAAAUUUCCUGAGAAAUCCAAACCACAGCAGAGUCGCCUUGAAACUGAACCGUUGCCUGCCGUUAACGAGAUGGCUGUCAUGAAGGAUAUGAAGCAGGUUUCUGUAAAGACUCCUGAAAUGAAAUCCAGCUGUCCUGUUGCAGCGGGGCACGGAGUAAUCGACUGUUCCCUCAAGCGGUAA